GUCCCUCUACAUCUUCAUUCAGAUCAACACAAGGGGAGACUGAGGAACAGCUAUACCCUCAGAUUUGUAGUUUUCCCAGAAUAAUUUUACGGACUGUAAUUUUUUGUUUCACCACUGCAUUGUUCUUCCUUUUUUCAUUAUUUUUUAACAGUAACUUUUCUGUAUCUCUGUUUACCUUUAUUUUCAUUUCUGCAUUGGUAGCUGUGAUUUUCUAAGGGGGGAAAUGGCAAACCUGGGGGUCCAGCUGCUGGGGUUUUCCAUGGCUGUCAUAGGAUUGAUCGGUCUGAUAGCGUCGACCGCUAUGGUGGAGUGGAAGGCUUCAUCCUACGCGGGGCAGAACAUCGUGACAGCACAGGCGAUGUACGAGGGGCUCUGGAAGACCUGCGUGUCUCAGAGCACCGGCCAGAUCCAGUGCAAAGUUUAUGACUCACUUCUCCAGAUGCCCGCUGAGAUCCAGGCCACUCGCGCCCUGAUGAUUGCCAGCAUACUGCUCUCAGGCCUGGGUCUGCUGGUGGCCAUGGUGGGCAUGAAGUGCACCACCUGCAUGGCGGAUGCCCCCGAGCAGAAGGACAAGGUGGCCAUCGCUGGUGGGGUGUUCUUUAUCGUGGCAGGCUUCUGUGCUCUGGUUGGAACCUCUUGGUAUGGUAAUAAAAUAGCCACAGAUUUCUACAACCCCUUCACGCCCACCAAUGCCAGGUACGAGUUUGGCUCCGCCUUGUUUGUGGGUUGGGGUGCCGCCGCUCUCUCCAUGCUGGGUGGGGGCUUCCUGUGUUGCCACUGCCAUGGCGCUGCCUCUAAGUCCUCCGCACGGUAUCCCAAGUCCAGCCAGCCUGCAGCCUCCGGCUACGUAUAGAGGCCGUGCGGCUCUCGGUUUAAGGGCAGGACAACUAGAGGUUCUGGAAAACGGAAGAGAAAGGGUCGACUGCACCAGCGGUUACUGCCAAGGGUUGUAGUAGUUUGUGGCAUUUCAUAACAAACCUGCGUACAAAUACAACCAUUUCAAUGACUAUUUUAGUUUGAAUCGUGACUGAAUCGAUGUUAUUUUGUCUGGUGUAUGAGUAUGUGUACGUUUUGUGCACAUAUAUGAACGUGAUUGGAUGUUUAUUACAAAAAAUAACAGCUAGAACAGACAAUAACAAUCACUUUAUAUUUAAAACCAAAGUAUGCUGUUAAUAUAGCAGAAUGGGUUUAGAUGAAAGCAUAAACUAUAAAGUUUACCUAGAAAUAUUAGUUUUUAUUCCUAGUCUUCAUAGUGUUUUCAUUUCACUAGCUUUUCUGAUGUUAGGUUCUAACAGUGCUUUGUAUAGCUGUUCUGGUUUGCUGACCUGUUCUUUAUCACUCAUGUAUAAUUCACAGGAAAGCAUCCUUUUAGUUGAGAGUAUAAAUUGUUUUUAAAUGUGACGUUAAAGUGCCAAGAUCCCAAUUUCAAUGGCUUGAAUGAAAAUGUUGACAUAAUUUGUGUUUUAUUUAUAAAAUGAUGUGUAUAAUUUGGAUUUAUAUACAUGCAUGAUAUCAACCAAAUGUUAAUAUAAACUGAAAUUAUACUUAAACAUUGCAGAUUUUGGUUCAUAAAUGCUGUAGUUUCUAACUAUAGGGCAACGAGGUUUUAUAGUAUUCUGUGCUGUAAAAAUUGUCACAAGCACAAAUUCUCGGGGAUAUUACUUGUAUGUUGUUACUUUUCUUAAACAAAUAAACUGAAAAAACACUAUAAUUUCUCCAAA